AUGAGUGACAAUCAUUUUAUUAGAAAUCUAAACUCAUUUAACAGUUUAUCUUGCUAAAUCUCACCAAUGCCUUCAGCAGUAAUCUAAUGGAACAAAGAACCUACAUCAAUAAUUAUUUAAUAACAACCCUUACAUUAAAAUACACUCAGACAAACUCAUAGAAAUUCACCUAAUGAUAAUGGGAAUGAUCAGAUUUAUCAAGUAGUUAAUGUUUCUAAUUUCCCAUCCUCAAUAUCCAAAUACUAAACUGGCGACAGUUUGUUUUGUAUGGAUAGCAGACUAAGGACUUCUAUUAACAAACCUACAAGUUAUUACAUCCAAAAUAUCCCUUCUAAUGGUCCCGCCAAUUCAAACAGGAUUAAUCACGAUGGACUCUUGAAUAAUGAUGGAUCUCCUAUUUAGCAACAAGCAGUAAUUCAAACGAGGUAACAUGCGCAAAUCAGUAUUGUAAAUAAUGGUCAUAUUCCAGUUACACAGCUUUAAGUCCAAUCUCAGGUGCGUUCCAGAACCCAGAAUGAGACUGGAAUUCCUCAGAACAUAUUACAAGCAGUUAGAAACCUCAACUAAGUUAAUUACGACAUCUCCGCUUUAGAUUCUAUUCCUCCAACUAAUUCGAAUACUCAUUGUAAACCAUCUCCAUUCGAAGGCGAUAAAGUUCCACAAUAAAGGUUAGAUAGUGAAAUUAGUGGAAUCUCCUACACUAGCACUCCCUACUAAACAAUUUAACUAAUUUCACAUUAAGAGCACUAAGAAUAGUCACAUCUAUAAUAAAUUUAAAAUCAAUAAAUAUCUUAAAUGCAAAAAGCCUAAAAAGCAGACGACGGUCUUUCUAAAAUUGAGAGAGAUCAUGAUAUUGAAUAAAGAUAGAAGCUCUUAAGAAUUGAACACGAAAGAAUAAACGACAAAAGACGAAGGUAGAAAAAAACCAGUCAAGAGAAAGAAAUUCUUGAAGUUGAGUAUCUCAAAAAUCCUAAUUGGGACUAUUAGAAGAAAUGCGAUCUCGCAAUCAAGCUCAACUUCACUUUCAACCAGGUCUCAAAGUGGAACUGGGACAGAAGAAAGAAAGAAGACAAUGAUGCUGCUAGAAAAGCUAAAAAGGAAGCCAAGAAGUAAGCAGCUGCUUAACAUUGA